AAACCGAAGCCGAGAAAGAGAGGGGGUAGAGGAGACGGGAUGGAGAGAGAAGGUUCGAGGCGGUGGGGUCGGCGUGCGCACGCGGUGAAUAAAACAAAAAAAAAAAAAAAUUGGAGCCGCCGCUUAGUUGGAAGGGGAGCGGCGCUGCCUCACCGGCGGACCCAAUUAGGGGGCCGGGCUGUGACCGCCCUACAGGACGUCGUAAUAAUCCUCCCUUCUCUCUCUUCGCUUGUGGAGGCACAUGGGUUCCUCUUCGAAGCCCGGGAAGGGAAAGAAACGCGAGCUCAGCGAUCACAUACUCACCCUCCAACGACGCCUUCACGAGGCUCUCUCCCUCGGAAUCAAAUCUUAUGGCAACAAAUUGAAGAAAUGGAAGUGUACGGAUGCUGAAAUUCAGGCACAUGCUCUUAAAACAAUGACUGCAUUUAUCAAUUGUUUGUCUUUCUCUCUACUACAGCAUCCUCUUACAAAGGAUUCCAUUUUUGAUAUGCUGGUAGCUCUUGAAGGGAUUCUACAAGCGGAAAAUGAGAGAAUAUCAAACAUGGCAGCAGAUGUGACCCUGAAGUUAGUUAACAGCUUAGGGAAAUCCGUAUGCCAAUAUCCUAUGUUGGAGGUUAUUAUUUCUCUAUCACGCUUGUUGUCAUUAUGUCGAUUACCUGCUGCCUUCUCAUCUGCGAUUGCAUUGAACUGCAUCCUUACAAACCUAGGGCCAGUGAGAGGCAAAAGUCACAAGGAAGUUUGGAAUGUUUUGAAGAAUGCUGGUACAGUUGGCAGUGUUGUCCGUGCAUUGCAAGAUUAUGAAGAUAGAUUUCAAUCACUCGAGUGUUUCACAGAGAUGACGUCUCUUCUCAAGACAAUUCUAUGGAGGUGGCCUCUCUCUAGAUAUCACAUAUGGAAUAACACUAGAUUGUUGGCCAAGCUAGGAGAUAAAUGUGCAAACACUGAUACGUCCAUUGCAGUUUCUAUUCUGGAGCUAUACUCUGUGCUAGCUCUAUGCGGUAAUGGGACAAUGAAGCUUCUUGAAAGUAAAGAGCUUCUUUUUAAGAUUGUGCAAAGCAUGGGAAGGAUGCAUGAUUAUAGUGUUAGAGUCAAGGCUUUAACACUUCUUCAACAUUUAACGAGAUCUGCAAAAGGAGUCUCUAUGGUAACCACUUCAUAUUGUGAACCUGUUGUCAGAGGAAUCAUUGAUGCAAUGGGUGAAUGGAGGUCAUCAAGUUCCCAGAUGAUUCCUACUGAUCAGAUGGCCUUAGUGAUGGAAGCAUGUCGCUGUGCAUUACUAACUCGUUGGGCCGGGAAUCAUCAUUCAUGUUUUUGGAAUCAUGAUAUCCAUAUAAUCCUCCUUGAUAUAAUUCUUGGCAAUUGCGGCGCUAUUUGUCUAACUCAUGUAGAACCCUCACCUCAAGAGUUAAUAACUCGAGUAAAUGAUAAUGUUACAGAUGCAAGACCCUAUGUAUGGGAUAUCCUUGGAUAUCUGAUGGUACAUUACGAAGAAGAUUUUCUUAGCAGAACUAGAGGAAACUUGUGCUGCCUGAAUGUUCUUAUUUCUUGUGCAUGUUCAGUGGCUGCAGACUUGAUGCGGAAAGGUUGCAGUUCAUCAUCUUCCUGUUUGUCUGAGUUGGAACCUGUAUUAAGGGCUGUUUUACUGAUGGUCUUCUCCUUCUCCAAAUACAUUCAACGACGAUCGAGGCAAUGUCUGUCAGAUAUGGUGAGACCUUUUAGUGAAGCCCAUUUGAAGUACAUACUAGCUUCCCUACAAUUAAAUGCUACUGGAGAAGUCUCGUUAUUGUCUGACAGUCUUCACACUGUUAAUAACCUUAUGAGUUUGGCAUGCUAUUCAACGUUGCCCCUGUUUCAGAAGCUCAUUGUCAAAAGUAAAGGUAUAAAGAUAUUGUCUGCCAUUAUUAAGAGGUGCUUAACUAGUGAUAUACAUGUGAGAAGGUCAAGUGUUGCUUCUCAUCUGCGUAGCAGCUCUGAUGGAAAAACAUGCUGCUGGAGCCAUGUGGAAGACUGGGAAGGUGAGGACAUUGUUCUAUUCUAUAGUCUCCAGACACUUUCUCAGUUGAUAGAGGUUUCCAAUCUCUUGUGUAAUCACCAUAAGAUAACAUCUGGAGAGAUUAUUUUAUGCACAAUGUGUGGGCUUGAAUCUCAAGGUUUAAUCAACAACCUUCAGUAUAUCUUGAGUAACAACUUAGGAGCUGGACCUCGAUGGUACAGUGCACGCAUUUUGAGUUUCUUUGGAUUUUAUGGUUUUCCAAGCAAGCUUGGCAGAAAGAUGGAGAAAGCACUUAAUGAGGAUGUACUUGCUGACUUGAAAUUAUUACUCUCGAAUGGUCAAUCUCUUACGGUCCAUGGUGCCAUUCUUGUGGCUAGGUGCCCAUAUUUGCUACCUCCUAAAGAAUCUUUUCAGAAGGAGAAAACAUGGGGUGAUGGAUCUUCCAAAGAGCAAGAGAGUAAGCAGGAUGAGGGAAGAUUGAGACAUGAAGUUCGAAUGUCCAAUCGUGUGGAUAGUCUUGCUUUAAACAAGAUCAUGGAAUAUGUUUAUACAGGAUUUAUUCAUGUAGAUGAUGACCUUGUUAAACCAUUAAAAAUUCUCACCAAGUGCUGCGGCUUGAAGUCUCUAUCAGAUAUGCUUCACCGAAAGUUGCCAACGUGGGGCACAAGUUGUCCCAGUUGUGACUUCACUGGAGCACUGGAGCCAGCUGGACAUUCAUUAUCAGACAUCAUUUUGGAAGCCGGGGCAGCUGAUGGAAUGAUUUGGAGUUGUACUAUGUGCCAAUCUCAAUCGCCACACAAGCAUGCACACAAAAUUGUGUUGUCGUCUAGUAGUGAUUAUUUGCGAGCAUUAUUCCAAUCAGGGAUGCAUGACAGCCAUUCGCAGAUCAUCAAAGUUCCUGUUGGCUGGGAAGCAUUAGUUAAAUUGGUAAACUGGUUUUAUUCAGGAGAGUUGCCAGGUAUUUAUAUUGAUUGUAUAUGGAGCAAUAUGGAUGCAGCGCAGCAGCUCCAUGAGCUGCGAGCAUACAUAGAGCUUUCUUCACUUGCCGAAUUUUGGUUCUUAGAAGAUGUUGGAGAACAGAGCUUGAAAGUGGUGGUUUCAUGCCUGAGGUCAGACAAAAGAUCUUCAGUCGAGAUUAUUAGCUUUGCUGCAAACCUUGGUCAGUGGAAAAUAGUUGAAGCUGGUGUCAACAGCAUUGCCCCUCUAUAUCCUAAGCUGCUUGAUGCUGGCAAACUUGAGGAUCUAGAUGAAGAGUUAGUUGAUAUGUUACGAUCAGGAUAUGUCCACUAUUCUCAGGAGAGUCAUAAUUGGAGUGAUUGAAGAUCACCCUAUUAUUGUAUAGCUGAUGGUUCUUCACAUCUUGCUAAAGAAAUACCUCACUUGGUACAAUUUUUUAGCCCUUGGCGACCAUGAGAAUUACCAUUUUUCUUCUUGGCAUUUUUUCUUUCAUGAAAGUAAGUCCAAGACUUACAGACAAGCACUUCCAUUUCAAAGAACCAUGAGAUACACUGCUGAGGGUCCCGAUGCUUCCAGGCAAAUUGGCAGUCUUUCAGGAUUCCAAGCAGGCUUUGUAGAUUUCUCCCUGAAAAAAAAAAGGACUAGCUGAUUUCAUGUAUAGGCAGUAUCAUUAAACUAAAUGAGUUGCAUUUUAAUUUAUAAACACGGAUAAUACAGCUCUAUAUUUUGUUAAUUUUGGUGUUAAUCCAUGCAGUAGUAACAAAGUGUGCAAUCAGUUUUUGAGGGUUCAAACUGCUUUUUUAGCUUUAUACCAAAAGAGGAGGUCAUUUAGCUAAAUUCAUGUGUAGGGAGUAUGUUUGAACUAUAUGGGACGUGUUGUAAUUUAUAACUACGGAAGGCACGGUUGUAUAAUUCAUGUGUAGGCAGUAUACUUAAUAUUGUCAUUUAAGUAAUUUCAUGUGUAGGCAGUAUGUUUGAACUAUAUGGACGUGUUGUAAUCUAUAAAUACAGAAGGCACAGUUGUAUAUUUGGUUAAUUUUGGUGUUAAUCCAUGCAGUGGAAAUGUGCUUAAAGUGUUGGAGGAUA